AUGACGAAGGAAUUAGGAAACAGAGUUUGUUCCAGACGGGCGUCAGACACACAGACGGACAAACAAAGGAUCAGAUUCACCUUCAGACCAAACACAGUCCAACUACAGGAGAGAAAAGAGGAAAAUCAGACAGAUUCAGAGUCUGUCUGCAGUCUGCACUCAGAGAAACUCAAACUCUUCUGUCUGGAUCAUCAGCAGCCAGUUUGUCUCAUCUGCAGAGACUCAAAAAUACACAACGACCACAGAUUCAGACCCAUCGAUGAAGCUGCUCAGGAUCUCAGAGAGGAGCUCCAGAACUCCUUAAAACCCUUAAAGGACAAGUUAAAGUCUUUAAAGGAAGUGAAAGAGGAGUUUAAUGGAACAGCAGAACACAUUGAGGUCCAGGCCCGACACACACAGAGGCAGAUUAAGGAGCAGUUUAAGAAGCUCCACCAGUUUCUCCAAGAGGAAGAGGAGUCCAGGAUCAGAGCUCUGAGGGAGGAAGAGGAGCAGAAGAGUCAGAGGAUGAAGGAGAAGAUGGAGACUGUGAGCAGAGAGAUAGCAGCUCUGUCACAAACAAUCCGAGCCACAGAGGACGAGCUGAGAGCUGAACACGUCUCAUUCCUGCACAAAUACAAGGCUGCAGUGGAAAGAGUGCAGCAGCGCCUCCUGCUGGAGGAUCCACAGCUGGGCUCAGGAGCUCUGAUAGACCAGGCCAAACAUCUGGGCAACCUGAGCUUCAACAUCUGGAACAACAUGAAGGACAUGGUCUCCUACACUCCUCUGGUUCUGGACCCAAACUCUGCAGGUCCAAACCUCAUCCUGUCUGAAGAUCUGACUGAGGUGAGAGGAGGAGAUGAACAGAAGCUUCCACAGAAUCCAGAGAGGUUUAUGAACAUAGUCCUGGGCUCUGAGGGUUUUAACUCAGGGACUCACAGCUGGGAGGUCGACGUCACAGACAAUAAGAGGUGGUCAUUGGGUGUAAGAACAAAGUCUGAGCAGGAGGAGAAAGAUGAGGAUGAAUGGUGGGAGAUCAUGUUCUUCAAUGAUAAAUACUAUAUAACAUCAUCAUCAGAUGAACUCACUUUUCUCCCAGUUCAUAAAGUGUUUCAGAGGAUCAGAGUGAAUCUGGACUUUGACAGAGGAACACUGUCCUUCUCUGAUCCUGAUACAAACACACACAUUUACACCUACACACACACUUUCACUGGAAAAACACUGUUUCCAUAUAUUUGCACUAGUAACUCAAACCCAGUGAAGAUUUUUCCUUUGGAGGUCUGUGUGACAGUGAAACAGCUCAACUACAGAUGAAGAUGAGGAAAUUAACUCUCUAAAUGUACACAGUGAUUGAAGUUGUGAUUGUUCAGUGGAUCAAUAAUGGACAGUCAGAGGAGAGUUUUACAGUUUCCACAAUUCACUUUGGAAAUGUUCUAAAGGGAAAUGAUGGAUUUAUGUUUUUUCUCUAUUUAAAUCAAACUCUUUGCUUUUGUUCGUUGGUUUUUAUUGUGAUUUGUGUGAUUAAAGUUGGAGUUUUUUAGGACACAGUGAGACAUUUGAAGUCAUCAUCUUAACUCCAUGAACAGAUAAACUGUCAAAUACCAGAUGUAAACAUUGUUCUGUAACAUGUGUCAUAGUUUACAGCCGUUCUAGUGAUAUGUGGACAGAUAAUAACAGCCGCUGAAUAAACUCCAAACUGAGUCUGAUGUGUAAAUGGGAAAUAUUCAUGUCAAUAAAUUCAUCAGAGACAAUGAACACUGUCUGAG